AUGAAAAGGAUCAUUUGUGUUUAUCUGCGUCAUUACGAUUCAAAUAGCGGUGUUUUAGUAACUGUUCCUGAACUAAAUCGAGGAAGAAGAUUUUCUAUCCCAUUAGAAUUUCGAACCAAGAGCAGCACAGUUGCUUUGGAUGGUUGGAUUGAACUUGAAUUUCUUUCUCCCAAUUACUCUAUUUUACUCCUUGAAGGUAGUGUUUAUAUUCUGGGAGUCAUAAACGAGUGUAGGAAACUACCCCUAAUGCCAACGCCCAGAUCUGACACGGGAGCAGCACAUAUACCCGGUGUUGGUGAUUUAGUUGUUGGUGGGUAUGUAGAAACUGGAGAUGAUUCACGGGGUGUCCACAAAGCAGAAAUCGUUUUGACAACUUCAUCGCCUCUUGGGUAUGCAGGCAGUGGGUGUGAAAUCGCUCCUUUUUUCAUUCGAGGGCAUAUCCAAAAGCAGAAUUUUUCAAAAGAAAAGUAUACGUCGCUCGUGAUUUGUUAA